GUUAGGUACUUGGUAGGCACUGAAAAGAAAAGUAAGAUAGUUGAAAAGGCGCGGAGCGCGCAUCGUUCUUUAUAAAACAUUAUAUGAAAUAUAAACACUUUUUCUGAAUCUUUGAUAUGUGGUAAAGCAAAAUGAAAUGCCAUGUACCUGGACCUAAUGUUAAAGUUUUGGGAAGAACCGUUCAUGCUUUGGCUAGAUUUGGUGACGAACUGUAUCUGGAAUCUCUUCCAGAAUGUAUUCUCCUGAGAACUUUAAAUGCUGCAGAAUCCGCGUAUGCCAUGGUGAAGUUCAACAAAAACUUUUUCGCGUAUUUCAACUAUAAUUAUUAUUCUACUGAAGACAAUGAAGGCCUCAAAUGUAAGAUUUCGAUGAAAUCAGCCUUAAAUACUUUUAAAUCACCUACUCACAUGGACAAACAGGUUGAAAAUCUAGAAAUUAAACUUGAUGCAGAUGCUUGCAAGUUGAUAUUCCAAUUAAAGUGUAAACAUGGCAUUGUAAAGACACAUUAUGUAUCAAUAUUGGAUUGCAAGGCAAUGCAAGCAGUCUAUACUAAGGAUUCAGUUCCUAACAGGAUAACAAGUUCACAAAGAAUAUUGUCAGAAGCUUUAGGAAAUUUUCAAAGUUCAGAUGAUCAAAUCACUAUAGAAGUCUCAAACCAAUCACUAGUUUUACGAAACUACAUUGACACCAGUGCAGACAUUUUAAAAAUAAUCCGAACACAAAUAAGUUUAAAGCCGGCCGAGUUUGACAGCUAUGUCAUAGGAACAGAGACCACAAUCACAUUUACUAUGAAAGAAUUUAAGGCCCUCCUUGCUUUUGCGGAAGCGCUGAGUUUGCCCAUACAGUUGCAUUUUGAGACUACAGGACGUCCAGCAGUGUUCAUAGUGCAUAAUGGGUCAACAUUUGAAGCCCACUUUGUGUUGGCUACUUCAAAACCAGAUGGGGCCACUCAGGCUAGCUCAACCCAAAACACUAGUGCAGUCAGAAAGAGAAAGGACACUAGCAGCCAGGGAUCUGCAAGAAAGAAAAUGCAUGUAGACGCAGAAAUAUCAAAGUGUUUAGAGCAAGAUUCCCAUUUGUUUAACUUCAUAGAUAUACCUCAAGAGUUAGAACUAAAUGGCUGCAAUGGUCAGAAUGGAAACAACAGUAAUAUUCAAGACUGUGACAAUAUACCCGCCUCUCCAACUUCUAAGACUAUGAUCAAAGCUGUGUUUAGGCGGUGUUUCGAAAGUACUUUUGAUCCGAGAGCAAUACAAGGUGUUGUGUUAGCUGAAAAUUCUGAUAGUGAAUGACAUUUUGUUUUUCUAUGUAAUACUAAAAUGUAAAUAAACUAUUUAAUCUCUGAA